AUGGAAAUCGGAGGCAGAAAACUGAAAAACACAGAAACAAUGGCCGUCGAAUCGGUUACCCAAUCAGCACCACCGCCGAGAUCGAAACCAAACAACACAUAUUUCGAAAACCCCAAAAUUCCCAUAGCAGUUGCUCUUCUCAUUGCCGAUGCCAUCUUCGUCUUCCUCAUCAUCGCAUUUGUCCCCUAUACGAAGAUAGAUUGGGAUGCUUACAUGUCACAGGUUAAGGGGUUUCUAGGAGGUGAGAGAGAUUACAGGAACCUGAAGGGUGAUACUGGUCCUCUUGUGUAUCCUGCUGGUUUUCUGUAUAUUUACUCUGCGUUUCUUUAUCUUACUGGUGGAGAGGUUUACCCUGCUCAGAUUUUAUUUGGAGUUUUGUAUAUUAUUAAUCUUGCAAUUGUUCUCUUCAUAUAUGUCAAGACUGAUGUGCUUCCGUGGUGGGCUCUUUGCUUGCUUUCUCUGUCAAAACGAGUGCAUUCUAUCUUUGUUCUUCGUCUCUUUAAUGAUUGUGUGGCUAUGACUCUUCUUCACGCCGCAUUGCUUUUACUCAUGCAUAGAAGGUGGAAUCUGGGUUUGAUUGUGUUUAGUGGGGCUGUUUCGGUAAAGAUGAAUGUGCUUCUUUAUGCUCCCCCUUUAUUGCUCCUCAUGCUAAAGGCUAUGGAUAUCGGUGGUGUGUUAUUGGCCUUAGCUGGUGCAGCACUGGUUCAGAUAUUAUUGGGGCUUCCUUUCUUGGUUUCAUAUCCAGUUGCAUACAUAUCAGGAGCCUUCAAUCUUGGCCGUGUUUUCAUCCAUUUCUGGUCUGUUAACUUCAAAUUCAUCCCCGAACCAGUAUUUGUAUCCAAGGGAUUUGCGAUCUUUUUGUUGGCUGCUCACCUCAUAACUCUUGCUUCAUUUGCACAUUGUAGAUGGUGCAAACAUGAAGGAGGGCUUCUCAAGUUUCUGCAUUCAAAAUAUGUCUUUAUGAGACUGAGGUUUGCACUUUUCUUCUCCUCUUUUAAGAAGUUUGACGAGAGCAGUUCAUCGUCCAUCAAGAUCCUUACUAAAGAACAUAUUGUGACUACUAUGUUUGUUGGAAACUUCAUUGGCAUUGUAUGCGCUCGGUCGUUGCACUAUCAGUUCUAUUCAUGGUACUUCUAUACCUUACCAUACUUAUUGUGGAGAACACACUACCCAACAUUGAUCCGAUUGUUUUUGUUCGUGGGAGUGGAGGUGUGCUGGAAUAUCUAUCCUUCAAACAACAUUUCCUCAGCUGUACUUCUCUGCCUUCACUUAAUUAUUCUCUGGGGUUUAUGGUCUGCUCCACCAGAGAAUCCUUAUGCAGAAAAAGAACCAUCGUCCCACAAAGACAAAUAG